AGAUUUAAAAAAAUGGAUAGGCGAGAAACGUAAUUUAGCCUCACUGGAACAGCAGAAGGUGUAUUCUCAACCACAGAAUCAGUUGCAACGAAUGUUGCAAUCAGAGGACGCAUGCUUGAAUAUGGAACAGGCACGCGUUGAACACGAGAAACGUAAACACGAAGCGCAGAAACGAUUCUUGAAUCAAAUGGACUUCUAUCAUCCACUCAGGACUCAGGAUAAUCUCAAGACGAGAAAAGGUAAGCGAUAUGUUGUGUGGAAAUUUUGUUUGUGUCGAUAUUGUGUGUUUAUUUUGUCCUAGGGCUGGUUGUAUAUGAAACUCUUAAGUACUUGUUAAUCAUUAAUUUGUAGUUAAAUAGUAGUUAACUUCGAAAUACGCGAUUUUUUGACAAUUUUCGCACGAACUGCAGUUCAUUUUCACUACUUUUUUCAACAAUCAGCCCCCUCGGGGCUUAAAUGCGCAAAGAUAUUCAAAAACCGGGUGAUUUGGUAGCCCGUGAGAGAACUGUGUUUAGUUCUCAAAAUCAAAUCCACUCAUGAAUAUGUUUCAUUUUGUUUUCAAAUUGUCGUGGGCUGUCGCUGAACCACACAUGCGCAGUGGACAAUACCGAAUACCCAAUUUAAAUUAUUUAAACCUAGUAGCCAAUUUUUUUUUUGUAAUUUAUGGACAUUGAUAAAGAUUGCUUCUUUAUGCUUUUCAAUCACUUUUUGUCAACACAUUUUGAGAGGUUACAGUAUACAAACAGCCUAUUUCUAUUCUUUCCUAUUUUACUUCAUUUCAGCCGUUUUCGGAAACUCAGCCCGCAAACAGGCAAAACACCCUUCGGAGCACGACCAGAAGAGCGCAAACACGGCCAAAUCAUUUAAAAUUCUCCAGAGAACCGAAACGGAUGGUCGGCCAGACCCAGCUCGCAGGUACAGCCCCGUGAACGCGCGCCGUUCGUCGCCAUCUUCGAUGACGCCAUCUGGAAAUCAAGAAUCGUAUCCGAACACCACGCGAAGUUUGUCGCCCUCGAGUAAUUCCGCGUUCACGCGAGUUUCUCGCGUGAACAACACGCGUCGCGCGAGACCGAAAAAUAAACAGCAAGCGAAGAGUCCAACCACUUCCAUCGAUAUGACAUUUACUGCUCCUGCUUGGACGAAUUUUAAAUUCGAUAAAGGAAAGAUUUUAGAAGCUUUUAGAGCGUGAAAUGUUCUUAUUUUUGGACGCAUUUUCGAGCGUGAGAUUGGAUUUUUAGAGGCAGAAAAGGAUUUUUAAAGUAGAUUUGUAAUAUAUGAUUUUAGAGUUUGGGUUCAAUCUGUAAAUAAUGUUAGAGUUUUAUUUUACUUCUCGUUUAUAAACAUUUUGAAUAGGGUUAGUUAUGCAGAUAAUUUUAUAAUUUGCGAGCUAAUUAACUAAGGAACUAACUGUAGCAAAUCAACCGACUAAUUACUUUUUAAACCCGGUGACAUUGUGGGCUCAGUCAAUAAUUUUCCCGCGCUUUUCGACUCUCUGAUUUCGACUUAUUUAUGACGAAAUAAGACUCAAAUUGUAUGUUUAGAUCGUUGUCAAUUAUGCUUGGGUCACCCAAUAUUUUUCUUUGGGUCUUUAACCUUUUCUUAAUUCUGAAAUUCUACCAAUAAAUCAAAAACUUUGCAGACUAUAUCUUGAAAUAUUAAUUUGGCAGUUUUCUUCAGAUAAUUUCUGAAGUUUAGCAGAAGGCAACACAUAAGACACAAGAACCACUUCAGGGCUGAUUAAUAAGCUGAUUUUAAAAUGGUCUUUACUUUUGUACUUGCUGAAACCAUGGACGUGACCUAAUGUUUUCAAUGGGUUGAUGGCGUGGUUGGAUGUUAAAACCUAGUUGCAAACCAAUUCUCAAAAACGGCAUGUUUAGCAAUUUAAUACAGCAAAACAUUUUAGUCAAAGAGCAAAUAAAUAUAACUACGCCAUUCUACGAUAAAAGCUCUAAGUAUUCCCAGUCAAUUUUAGCCAAUAUUUCAAGCACUAAACAGUGAAAAAUGCAUCGCAAAUUUCGUAGCUACAAAUGUAAAAUAAUACAGAAUAAAGACGAAAAACAUUUACCUUGAAUACUUUGUCGUGGCUUAGGCAUGUUUUUAAAACAAUUAGACCAGUUUAUGCUUCAAAAUUACUCUUUUAAAGCGGAAAAUAUUGCGAAACAACAAAAAUGCUGAGAACUUUGACAAUACGCGUGACGUCACAUAUUGCAACUAGGUUUAGGCUGUGACGUCAGGAAGUUACCUAUCCAGUUAUUUUACAAUUCAUGCUGGCAGUAACAAUUGUUUUUGAAGUAGAAAUAAGAGCCAGUUAAGAGUCCAUCCCAGUUACCGUAAGCUAAUAGCGUUACUUCUCCCAGGCGAAGGAAGUAUUCAUGUGACGUCACAAGGCUUGAUACCCGCGAG